CGUUCUACACAAACCCUAAGAGGAAGGACCGAGCUUUCGUCCAUUUCUCGACUCUCCAAUCCUUACUUCGAGGAGAUGGCGACUCCCUCGAAGAAGACGUUGCCAUCUCGAUCUCCGACCUCGGAGAUUCUGAAGGUUUCGGAGAAUUUCGAUCCCAACGUUCCGAUUUCGCCCCCUUUUUCUUCUAAGAAACCGAUCAAAUCUCCGGCGAUCCUGUCGGCGCAGUUGAAGAAGGCCAACCCCAAAACCCCUGGUCGGAUCGUCGUGCCGCCCCCCCCGCCGGAGCGGGCCGGGAAGUUCAUCGUCGCCAAGAAGAGCUCCGGGAGGGCGGGGAAGGGACUCGAUUUUGAGAAGUGCCGGAAAGAAGCCUACGAGGCCCUCCGUGCAUCGCAGGAAGAGUUCUUCAGGAGAGGUUGCUCCUCUGGAGCCGCCUGGGUUGCGGACUCGGCACCUGGUGAAGCUGACAGGUCCAAAGAUGGAUCUGAGAAGGAUGGGACGAAUGAGACGGGGGAGAUCGUGAAUUCGGGGGCUCAAGAGCUGGAGGGAGAUUCCGAUGUGACAAAGAUGAGGACCUUGGUGAUGGAGAAGGCGAUGAGCAGUAUGCCUGAACCGGGGUCUGGCCGCGUUAAGCAUUUGGUCAAGGCAUUCGAGAGCCUCCUUUCCAUUCCGAAGGAUGAUGAGGGCGAAAAUUUUGACGAAGAAAGGAAGCCUUCGAACUGGACAUUGCUGGGAUUACAGCAAUCUGCCAAGGUCGUGGAGGCUGGACCUUCUUCUACAUCCUUUUUCUCUUCGGCAGAGUUCUUCCCUUCCAGAGAAUUUGAAAGGGGCUUGAGGUUGUAUUCUUCGAUAGAGUGUCACAGUGACAGGUCGAGUUGGGGGAGCAGGACAUCUGGUAGAGGAAGAAACAAACGCAAUAGCUCUGAAUCUUUGAGAAGGAGCUGGAAUAAGAUGCUUAAAGUGACAAUCCAGCAUCCAUUCAAAUUGAGGACUGAGCAAAGAGGAAGGAUUAAGGAAGAACAGUUUAUCAAGAAAGUGAAAGAUAUGCUGAUGGUGGAGGAGAAGCAACGCAUACCUAUUGCUCAAGGCCUUCCAUGGACCACAGAUGAACCUGAGCAUUUGGUCAAGCCCACUGUGAAGGAAAGCACUGAGCCAAUAGACAUUUUGUUGCAUAGCGAUGUCCGUGCAGCAGAAAGGGCUGAGUUUGAUCAAUUUGUCAUGGAGCGGAUAAACUUUGCUGAACAAUUAAGAUCGGAAAGAGAGAUGCAGCAAAAGUUGGAGGAAGAAGAAGAAAUACGGAGACUCAGAAGAGAGCUUGUGCCUAAAGCUCAGCCUAUGCCAUAUUUCGAUCGACCCUUUGUUCCUAAGAAGUCAGAAAGGCCUCAAACAAUCCCGAAGGAGCCAAGAUUCCAUAUUCGCCCAAGAAAAUCUUCAUGUGCUUCAAUGUUGCAAAGAUGAUGGACACUUUCAAAAUUCUACAUGACUCCUGGACAGCAGUUACAAAGUAUAUUCUACCCCAUGCCUUCUUCAGUAUGCUCUAUUCAUCCUCUUACAAUGUGCUUAAUUUUUUUCCUCCAACUUUUGUAAUGAUUUGAACAUCAAGACUCUGUAUAUAGGAUUUAUACCUUUUUCAGAUAGGCCUGAAAUACAUUUUCACUCUAUGGGUUCUA